CUCUGUCCGGCGUUUACAGGCGGCUCCUCUUCUGCAUCUUUAGUCGCCUCAGCAUUCUUGGCCUUCUCCUUGUCCUUUUUCUUCUUCUUUUUAGCCUUGUUCUUGUCGGCGUCGUCCUUUGCAGCCUUUUCCGCGUCCUUGUCGGCAUUCUUCGCCUUCUUCUUCUUCUUCUUCUUCUUCUUCUUCUUCUUCUUCUUCUUCUUCUUCUUCUUUUCAGUCUUGUCCUUGUCGGCAUCGUCCUUGUCGGCGUUAUCCUUGGUAGCCUUUUCCUUCGCAGCCUUUUUCUUCGCAGCCUCGUCUUCUCGGGGACAAAUCUUCCCGAAUCCAGGCCUCUACGGAAGCUUGUUAGCGCACGAGGUACCCAAAGAGGAGUCCGUCGACAAGCUAGUGUCUCGUAUCAUGGCCCCACCUCACGACCUGUACAGUGCCGACGGCAAGACAGUCACACUGACUAAAACCUGGGUGGUUGGUCUCAUGGGCAAAGACCGCUUCGAAGACUCGGGCCCACUUCUUUACCACGUCCUUUGUCACGGUGCCGAGCUCCGCGACUAUGGUCUCGAAUACGGCUUGUCUGAAAAGGUCUUGAGCUGGUUGAUCAGCACCGAGGACACUGUGGAGUUGCCUAUUGGUCAUUUCAGUUACGUCUAA